AUGGAUAGCAUAUAUGCUGCAACGACAGUUCGAGAAAUUCGUAACGCUCUCAAGACGAUGCCGUCGGAUCUUCAGAAGACAUUCGACGUAGCAUUAGAAAGGCUACAGGCCCAGCCUAAACAGCACGCUGCCCUUGCUCUACGGAUAUUAUCUUGGCUUACCCACGCCAAAAGACCGUUUUCGGUCGAGGAACUAUGCCACGGACUCGCCGUAGAACCAGAUACGACUUUCCUAGAUGAUGAAAAUCUUCCCGCCCCAAAAUUAUUAAUCAACGUAUGUGGUGGACUAGUUGUAAUUGACCGAGAGAGCAGUACUAUCAGACUCGCUCAUCUGACAGUCCGGGAAUACUUUACAAGAAUGACCCCGCAGCUGUUCGGGGGAAUCAAUGUCUCGAUCGCCGAAUCUUGUGUAACAUACCUUUCAUUCGACACGUUUAGCACAGGGGUUUGCCAUGACGACGAGUCGCUGGAGAUCAGACUCCAAGAUAAUCCUUUUCUUCGGUAUAGCGCUAAACACUGGGGGGAUCACGUACGCGGGGAAGGCGAACACAAACUAUUGAAACUAGUUUCGGACUUCCUUCAAGAUAGAUCAAAAGCCGCUUGUGCCACGCAGGUUGAAUUUUUGCCACGGAUAUCCUACCACGGUUGUUACGACGUAUACUACAAGAUGUUAACUGCUGUUCAUAUGGCUGCAAACUGGGGCUUAACCUUGGUCCUGCACAGCUUGCUUCAAGACUCAGGACUUGCCGACAUUAAUGCAAGAGAUUUCGAUGGCAAAACAGCUUUGCAUCAUCCUUGCAGGCUUGGAAAUGAAGCAGUAAUGAAGAUACUUAUCGAUAACGGCGCGGAUAUCGGAGUGUUUGACGAUUACGGCCGGUCACCCUUGCGCUUCGCCGUCGAUGGCGGAAACGUCAAUGCAGUAAAGCUGUUGCUACAGAGUGGUGCCGAUAUUAACGCACCGGUAGAUUAUCACGGUGGAACGGCACUGCAUUGGGCAUCUAGGACUGGACGUGCUGCAAUAGUUGAGGUUUUGAUAGACUCCGGGGCCGACAUGACAGUAAAAUGCUACGACGGACGAACGGCACUAGACUAUUCGAGAGACAAUGGCUACGAUACGAUAACUGCCUUAUUACUUUUGAAAGCCGGGACAACAGGAGCGCACGAGAAAAAAGAAUCCCUACAUUACUACUCUCGCGAAGGGAAUUUUGACAGAGUUAAUGAAUUGCUGGAUCAAGGGGCCAAUGUGCUAGCAGUGGAAGAAGGCAAUACAACAGCCCUUCAUCUUGCUGCCCUCGGUGGGCACGAGAAGGCUGUGGAGCUUCUACUAAGAAACGGUGCUAACCCCGUCGCCACGGCUAAAGAUGGAAGAACUAUACUUCAUAGGGCCGUGGAAAGUGGCAACGACAAAGUAGUCAGGCUGAUACUGAGUCAAAAACCUGAUAUUGAAGCUAAAGAUUGCUACGGUCGAACACCUCUGCACUGGGCCGCUAGAGUGGGUAAUAAAGAGUUGGUAACUACCUUGUUGGAACAUGGGGCGGAUCCCGCAGCAGAGGAUUUGCAUGGCAGAACUCCUCUGCAACAGGCGGUCUAUGGUGGACAAAAAACAAUCAUAGAGAUGCUAGAAUCGGUAAAGCUGAAAACCUAG